AUGACUCUCAGCGGUAACGACGACUCGCUCUCCACUCUCUUUUCUUCUACUUCGUAUGCUCUCGCCUACACGCUGCCUCUGAUUCUUGUAUCCGUACUGCUGACUUUUGCUGGAGCUUUCCUCACUCUCGAUCGCACGCGCGCCUUCCCCUCGACUCGGACUUCAUCUAGCUACGACACGCUCAAGCCGUCCCCGCAGUUCGAUGUUAAUGUCAAAGUUGCACAGAACUCAGUUGGGUCGUUUUUUCUUCUUGAAGGAGGAAUCGGAGGGCUUGCGUCAGGCUAUGUAUUUGGAGUGCACUUUGCUACUUUUCUGUCGUUGCUCAUCCCAGAAGCUACCACUUCGGCUCCUCUGAAUUCAAAGUCGUUUCUAGCCGUUUGGGUUCUCUCUGCAGGCUCUGUUGGAUUUUCCGUACUUGCGCUGGCCAUUUCCGUGAUGCUACACCCGUCGCUCCUUUUCCGCAUUGUCCUGACGUCAAUCCUGCUUCCAAUUGGUUCUAUCGCUGCGAUACUUCCCCUCUCGCGGUAUCAACAUGUUUUUAUCCGAUUCUCCACAUCGUCCAUGGGUGCCUUUGGGAUCGUAAUCUCAGUGGCUUUACUAGCAGGUGUUGCUGCAUGGAGCGACGUCUGGGAGCGUCUCUGGACCAGCAGCAGUGCGGAUUGGGGGACGAGCGCGGAGAAGGGUUUGAGUACUCUCUAUUGCGUUUUGCUAUUGGCCGGCACAGCCUGUAACUGGUUUCUAAGACAUAAAUUUGGGGACAACCCGGAUGAGGAGUGGAAUGCUUAUCUGGCCAACUAUGCUGCCAAUUUGCCUGAUGUUGUCGAUCGUGCCGGCAGAUUUGCUCCUUUGCCGUCUUUAUGGUCCAGGCUGUUUGGAUCACUUAGCGUAUCGUCGACUUCCCGCUCAAACGAAUUUCUGCGUGUAGGUGCAGCUACAACACCGCCUAUGCCCUUUUGGCGCACGGUAUACCGGCCCUCUCGCCAGGCUGUGAAAUUCACCCUGAACACCGAUCAAUUACUGGGCUCCGAAGGCAAUAACGACAUAGGUUACAUGAAGCUUGUGGAUCCAGUAGCAAAUUCUAUGCUACUUCUUCAAUCCCAAUCUCAUGACACCCAUCUGUCAAAUAACUCCAAUACUUCGUUGCAGAUUACCCGUGAUCGUUCACUUGUUAAUCCUGAAAUUUAUGAAGAGGACUCUGGGUUCUGUACCUCCAGUCUUGAAAAGGCGGAUGCGCAAGCUGCGCUUGAUUGCUUUUCUGACGGCGCUACCCUCACUGGUUCCACUGACCGAGCUCAGCGUGACACCCUUUUGUGGAGCCCCGCAUUUCUCCGAAAUCAUUCUUCUAUCUCUUCAGAUUCCUUUAUCCACGAAUGGCCUUUGCACAAAUGGAUCGAACGACAUGCGUCGCCUGUCCCUGCAUCCCCCUGCCGCCCUGUGUUUGCGCCUGUUCCCGCCACCCCGUCCUUACUCCAAGCCGUGGAUCGUUUGUCAGCGGCCCAGCAUGCGGCAUACAAGCCAUCCCCGACAUUGGGUGCACAUCUUCCUAAUAUGCCUCACCUCGCUGACAAUGAAGCAGAUUCUCGGCUUCGGCAUUGGUAUACGUUUUGGCAUGAUAUGAAGUUGCAGGCCAAACCUACUGUGCUCGGGUCCUAA